AUGAGAGAAAAGUCAUCAGAAACUCGCUCUCCGAUGCCAUUGUUAUACCGGAGGCAUUCGAGUGGGGAUUUCAUGAACAACUUGGCAUCAGUGUCGAGCAGUCUCUUACCAGCUUUCGGAACUGUUAUUGGUGGCGACUCUCCUCCUCUUAAGAAAUAUGUCAUUGCUCCUUAUGAUCGUCGCUAUCGGUGGUGGCAAGCAUUUCUAGUGGUAUUAGUUAUAUACUCGGCAUGGUCGUCACCAUUUGAGCUAGCUUUUAAAAAGGUGGCUACAAGCUCUCUCCUUUAUGUAGAUUUGGCUGUCGACUUUUUUUUUGUCGGCGACAUUAUCUUAACUUUCUUCGUGGCAUACUUGGAUAAGUCAACAUAUCUGCUCGUUGAUGAUCAUAAAAAGAUAGCCACAAGGUACGUUACCCAUAUGAUGUUCCCAAUGGAUGUGGCAUCAACACUGCCAUUUCAAACGAUAUACCGAAUCUUUACUGGAAAGCUGCACCGUGGGGAGGUCUUUGGGUUUCUUAAUCUGCUAAGGUUGUGGCGGCUAAGGCGUGUUAGCGAGCUCUUCUCAAGGCUAGAAAAGGAUACACGCUUCAGCUACUUUGGGACAAGAACCCUCAAACUUGUAUUUGUAACACUAUUUGCAGUACACUCAGCUGGCUGCUUCUACUACUGGAUAGCCACUCAUCAUGAACCCUCAGAUCAUACAUGGAUUGGAUCUAUUAAUGGCAACUUCGAGGAUAGAAGCAUUUGGCUGGGAUACACCUAUUCAAUGUACUGGUCAAUUGUGACCCUUACUACAGUGGGCUAUGGAGAUUUGCAUGCAGUAAAUACAGGAGAGAAGGUGUUCAAUAUCUUUUAUAUGUUGUUCAACAUCGGACUCACUUCUUAUCUAAUCGGUAACAUGACCAAUCUAGUCGUCCAUAGUGCUGUCAAAACUUUUGCCUUGAGGGAUUCGAUCAAUGAGAUCUUAAGAUAUGCAAGCAAGAACAGACUUCCUGAAGGGUUGAAAGAACAAAUGUUGGCACACACGCAACUUAAGUUCAAGACAGCUGAACUGCAGCAAGAAGAAGUUCUAGAGGACCUACCAAAAGCGAUUAGAUCUAGCAUUGCCCAACAUCUAUUCCGAAAAACCGUUGAGAAGACGUAUCUCUUUAAAGGCAUUUCAGAAGACCUCAGCAGGCAGUUGGUUACAGAUUUGAAAGCAGAAUACUUUCCACCCAAGGUUGAAGUUAUACUACAAAAUGAGAUACCAACAGAUUUCUAUAUUGUAGUAUCUGGAGCCAUGGAGGUGCUGACACACAAAAAUGGAAUGGAGCAGUACUUAUUAAAAUUAGGCCCGAUGGAUAUGUUUGGGGAAAUUGGGGUGUUCUUCAACAUCCCCCAACCAUUCACAGUGAGAAGCAAGAAACUUUCUCAGGUAGUCCGGAUUAGUCAUCAUCACUUUAAGCAACUAGUGCAGCCACUUGAUGAAGACGGAAAGACAAUAAUGUCAAACUUCACACAGUAUCUGAAGGACUUAAAGAAGGAGGUGCAAAAUGAGAUGCCAUUAUUGACAGAGCUUCUGAUGGACUUGAAUAUUGAGCAAACCACCCCAAUUGGCGAAUCAAAAAACCAUGAAGCCUCAAACUAUGGCCGAGAAGAUAGAGAAGGAACACCCACUUCUGUACUUUCAAACACAUUUCCCUUAAGGGUUGUAAUCCAUGGCCACCAUCCAAAUGAGGAAGAACCAGACAGAAAAAUGACAGGAAAACUUGUCCACCUACCAGAAUCAAUAGAGGAACUUUUUAACUUAGCAGAGAAGAAGUUUGGACGAAGAGGAACCAUGAUUCUCAUGUCUGAUGCAUCUCAAGUGGAAGAUCUUAAUGCUUUAAGAGAGGAUGACCACUUGUAUAUAUCAUGAAUACAUGAGGAUAUAACAUCCAAAACAUUUUCCAAAAAAAGAAGUUGCAUUAAACUUCAGUUUUUAAAGUGUGUGCAAAUACGUAUGCAGAAUGUAAGA